GGGACACGUGACGAGUUGGGCGGGGCGUCAAAGUUCAUAUCCCAGGGUCCUUUGCACCUACUCCUUUUCCGACUCCUUGCUAAGCCAAGAUGUCGAAGCGAGGACGUGGUGGGUCCUCCGGUGCGAAGUUCCGGAUUUCCCUGGGUCUUCCGGUCGGAGCCGUGAUCAACUGUGCUGACAACACGGGAGCCAAAAAUCUGUAUAUCAUCUCUGUGAAGGGGAUUAAAGGAAGACUGAACAGACUUCCUGCUGCUGGCGUGGGUGACAUGGUGAUGGCCACAGUGAAGAAAGGCAAACCAGAGCUCAGAAAGAAGGUACAUCCAGCGGUGGUAAUUCGACAACGAAAGUCAUAUCGGAGAAAAGAUGGCGUGUUUCUCUAUUUUGAAGAUAAUGCGGGGGUCAUAGUAAACAAUAAAGGUGAAAUGAAAGGUUCUGCUAUCACAGGACCAGUUGCAAAGGAGUGUGCAGACUUGUGGCCCAGGAUUGCAUCCAAUGCUGGCAGCAUUGCGUGAUUCUUUGGUUUAUCUGUUUUAAAAAAAAAAAAAAAAGUAAAAAUUAUUUGCACCCUG